CGGGCCGGGCGGGCCGCGCGCAUUCCUGAGCCUUGAGUCAGCGCGGCCGCCCCCUCCGGCCGGGCCCGCCCCCGGCGCGCACGCCCCUCGCUCCAUGGCAUUCCCGGGCGAGCGGGCGGGGACUCGGCGCGGGUGCCCUCGGGCCGGCGGCGGCAGCCCCUCCCCGAAGCCCUCAGGACCCCCGAGGCCCCGGUGCCGGCGGCGGCGGCCCCCCUAGCUCUGCCUGGAACCAUGGGUGAGGCCCGCAGGGACAGCACCAGCAGCCUGCAGCGCAAGAAGCCGCCGUGGCUGAAGCUGGAUAUCCCGGCCGUGGUGCCCCCGGCAGCAGAGGAGUCCAGCUUCCUGCAGCCCCUGAGACGCCAGGCGUUCCUGCGGAGUGUGAGCAUGCCGGCCGAGCCCACCCGCGUCCCCUCACCCCACCAGGAGCCCCGGCGGCCGGCGCUGCAGCGCCAGAUGUCCAUCACACAGACCAUCCGCAGGGGCACUGCUGACUGGUUUGGAGUGAGCAAGGACAGUGACAGCACCCAGAAGUGGCAGCGCAAGAGCAUCCGUCACUGCAGCCAGCGCUACGGGAAGCUGAAGCCCCAGGUCAUCCGGGAGCUAGACCUGCCCAGCCAGGACAACGUGUCGCUGACCAGCACUGAGACGCCCCCUCCUCUGUACGUGGGGCCAUGCCAGCUGGGCAUGCAGAAGAUCAUAGACCCCCUGGCCCGGGGCCGGGCCUUCCGCUUGGCGGAUGAUGCCGCCGAUGGCCUGAGUGCCCCGCACACGCCGGUCACGCCGGGUGCCGCCUCCCUCUGCUCCUUCUCCAGCUCCCGUUCGGGUUUCAACCGGCUCCCGCGGCGGCGCAAGCGCGAGUCGGUGGCCAAGAUGAGCUUCCGGGCAGCCGCUGCGCUGGUGAAGGGCCGCUCGGUUAGGGAUGGCACACUGCGCCGGGUCCAGCGCCGAAGCUUCACUCCUGCCAGCUUCCUGGAGGAGGACACGGCUGACUUCCCCGACGAGCUGGACACAUCCUUCUUUGCCCGGGAAGGUGUCCUCCACGAGGAGCUGUCCACAUACCCAGAUGAGGUGUUCGAGUCCCCAUCGGAGGCAGCGCUUAAGGACUGGGAGAGAGCCCCAGAGCAGGCGGACCUCACGGGUGGAGCCCUGGACCGCAGCGAGCUGGAGCGCAGCCACCUGAUGUUGCCCCUGGAACGUGGCUGGCGCAAGCAGAAGGAGGGCGGUGCAGCGGCCCCGCAGCCCAAGGUGCGGCUGCGGCAGGAGGUGGUGAGCGCCGCGGGUCAGCGGCGGGGCCAGCGCAUCGCGAUGCCGGUGCGCAAGUUCUUCGCCAGGGAGAAGCGGCCGUAUGGGCUGGGCAUGGUGGGCCGGCUAACAAAUCGCACUUACCGCAAGCGAAUCGACAGCUAUGUCAAACGCCAGAUUGAGGACAUGGACGACCACAGGCCCUUCUUCACCUACUGGCUCACCUUCGUGCACUCGCUCGUCACCAUUCUAGCCGUUUGCAUCUAUGGCGUGGCGCCCGUAGGCUUCUCACAGCACGAGACCGUAGACUCGGUGCUGCGCAACCGAGGGGUCUAUGAGAAUGUCAAGUACGUUCAGCAGGAGAACUUCUGGAUCGGGCCCAGCUCGGAGGCUCUCAUUCACCUGGGUGCCAAGUUCUCGCCCUGCAUGCGCCAGGAUCCGCAGGUGCAUAGUUUCAUCCACGCUGCGCGCGAGCGUGAGAAGCAUUCGGCCUGCUGUGUGCGCAACGACCGGUCUGGCUGCGUGCAGACCUCAGAAGAGGAGUGCUCGUCCACGCUGGCAGUGUGGGUGAAGUGGCCCUUCCAUCCCAGCGCCCCAGACCUUGCUGGCCACAAGAGGCACUUUGGCUCUGUCUGCCACCAGGACCCCAGGGUGUGUGAUGAGCCUUCCUCCGAGGACCCCCAUGAGUGGCCAGAUGACAUCACCAAGUGGCCGAUCUGCACCAAAAACAGCGCUGGGAACUACACCAACCACCCGCACAUGGACUGUGUCAUCACGGGCCGGCCCUGCUGCAUUGGCACCAAGGGCAGGUGUGAGAUCACCUCCCGGGAGUAUUGUGACUUCAUGAGGGGCUACUUCCACGAGGAGGCCACACUCUGCUCUCAGGUGCACUGCAUGGACGACGUGUGUGGGCUGUUGCCCUUCCUCAACCCCGAGGUGCCCGACCAGUUCUACCGCCUGUGGCUGUCCCUAUUCUUGCACGCUGGGAUCCUGCACUGCCUGGUGUCUGUCUGCUUCCAGAUGACUGUCCUGCGGGACCUGGAGAAGCUGGCAGGCUGGCACCGCAUAGCCAUCAUCUACCUGCUGAGUGGCAUCACUGGUAACCUGGCCAGUGCCAUUUUCCUGCCAUACCGGGCAGAGGUGGGCCCCGCCGGCUCGCAGUUCGGCAUCCUGGCCUGCCUCUUCGUGGAGCUCUUCCAGAGCUGGCAGGUCCUGGCGCGGCCCUGGCGUGCCUUCUUCAAGCUGCUGGCUGUGGUGCUCUUCCUGUUCACCUUCGGGCUGCUGCCCUGGAUCGACAACUUCGCCCACAUCUCGGGCUUCGUCAGCGGCCUCUUCCUCUCCUUUGCCUUCUUGCCCUACAUCAGCUUUGGCAAGUUUGACCUGUACCGCAAGCGCUGUCAGAUCAUCAUCUUUCAGGUGGUCUUCCUGGGCCUCCUGGCCGGCCUGGUGGUCCUCUUCUACUUCUACCCUGUGCGCUGUGAGUGGUGCGAGUUCCUCACCUGCAUCCCCUUCACUGACAAGUUCUGUGAGAAGUACGAGCUGGACGCUCAGCUCCACUGAGCUGGUGGGGUGCUGGGGCCGUGUGCCCUGUGGGCCGGGGCCAGGCCUCAGGCUUGGGACUCUGCCUGCGAGCCCUGCUCCCCUUGCACAGACCCCUUGUGCCGUGUUCACUGCUGUUGAACCCCUUGUACUUCCGGGCAUUUAUCACAGUAGUUCCCGAGAUUACCUUCUAACUAGCCUCUCGACGACCACCUCAUGUGGCCAAUAAAUGGACCGGGAGCGUUUUAGCUGCCACUAACUUGACCA